AUGACUUCAGUUUUAUUUAUUUGUUUAUUUGUAGAAAAUGGAAUAAUCAAAUCAGACAAGGUAUUUGAAGUAAUGCUGGCUACCGACCGUUGCCACUAUGCAAAAUACAACCCUUAUAUGGAUUCUCCACAGUCUAUAGGUUUCCAAGCAACAAUCAGUGCUCCACAUAUGCAUGCAUAUGCUCUUGAACUUCUGUCUGAUCAGUUACAUGAAGGAGCCAAAGCACUUGAUGUAGGAUCUGGAAGUGGAAUCCUUACAGCAUGCUUUUCACGAAUG